GGCUUGCUGCAAAAAUACUCAGCCCACUGCCUACAAACAACCGUAGGGAUGUCUCGUAUGGCACGUAGCGGGGAUGUGGAGUCGCGGCGACCGCUACUCCAUACUGGAGACAACUUUGAGUCAGACGAAGGUGAGCUAAUAUUUGAAAGAAGUACAGCCGAGAAACAAGAGGGUGUGGGCAGUGAUCAGAGGAGGCUGACCUACGAGGAGGCAGUGGAACAAACAGACUUUGGUUUGUUUCACUGGUUGCUGCUGGUGGUCUGUGGCUGGGCAAACGCCAGUGAUGCAGUGGAGGUUCUCUGUGUGUCCUUUCUCCUGCCAACAGCACAGUGUGAUCUGGCACUAAGCUCUUCAGACAUGGGUCUGUUGACUGCCAGCAUUUUCCUGGGAAUGAUGUUGGGUGGCUACGUGUGGGGAUACCUGGCUGACAAGAGGGGGCGUCGCAGAGUCCUAGUUGUGUCACUGACAGUCAAUGGAAUCUUUGGAGUUCUAUCCAGCUUAGCUCCUUGGUUCUGGCUGCUUUUGCUGCUGCGAUUCAUCAGUGGCAUUGGGGUCGGAGGGUCCAUCCCUGUUAUCUUCUCCUACUUCUCGGAGUUCAUGCCCCGACAGCGCAGGGGUGCAAUGAUCAGUGCUCUGGCUACAUUCUGGAUGGCAGGAAACAUCCUGGCUGCAGGUCUGGCUUGGAUGGUGAUUCCCAGUACAAGUACACAUUUCUUCCUGGGAUCACUGGAUUUCAAGAGCUGGAGGUUGUUUGUAGUUCUCUGCUCUUUUCCUGCUCUCACCUCGGCUGUGGUUUUCAGGCUCAUCAUGCCUGAGAGCCCUAAGUUCCUCAUGGAGGCUGAUCAGGAAAAAGAAGCAAUCGAUGUUUUUAGGUUGAUGUUUGAGAUAAACAUGAAGGGAAAAGGAAAAUCCUUUCCGGAAUUCGGUCUGUGUUCAAGCUCUAAACAAGGUUAUGAAGCUGAAACCAAAAAGGUCGCACAACAAGGGUGUCUUGUCAGCUUUUUAAAAAAGGGAUUGCUUCCUGUAAAACAAUUGUUUCAAGGUUCCCUCAGAACCAGCAGCAUUGCUCUGCUCAUCAUCUUCUACUCCAUCUCCUUCGGUUACUAUGGACUGUGGAUGUGGUUCCCGGAGCUGUUUUCGAGAAUUGAAAAUGGAGGCUCGCCCUGUGCCAACAUGUCCUCUAUGUCUCCACUUGACAACCAAAGCUGUUAUCCAGUCAAGACAGCAGUGUAUAUGGAGGGCUUCAUCAUCGCUGCAUCAAACCUGCCAGGAAACAUCUUCACCAUCCUGAUAAUGGACAACAUAGGAGGAAAAGCUCUACUUUCCUGCAGCCUCAUUGUUUCCGGUGUGAGUGUCUUCUUCAUCUACUUGGUCCAAACCAAGACACAGAGUCUGAUCUUCUCAUGUGUCUUCAGUGGUGUGUCUGUGAUCACCUGGAACUCUCUGGACGUGAUAGGAACAGAGCUGUAUCCAACUAAGCUGCGGUCUUCUGCUCUUGGAUUCUUCACAGGCAUCGGCCGAGUGGCAGCAAUCAUGGGGAAUAUAGCCUUUGGAAAGUUGGUGGACACAAACUGUGCUGUACCAGUGCUGCUGGUCUCAGUUCUGCUGCUGAUAGGAGGACUGGUGGCUCUUUUGCUUCCAAAAACCAGGCAGACUGAGUUGACCUAAUCUCAUUGAUUAACCCCUUGAUGUUGUGCACAUAGAAAGUUGAGUGGGUUUCUGCUGUACACAGUCUCAGACGGUGUUUUGAAGCUGGUUGGUAAAUUUGGUAGUUGGCAAAAAGACGAACAGAUACAGCUGUACAACUGUGGUAGUGGUACGUGUGUGAAAUGUGUAUUUGUUAAAUAAGAACUUUUAUUUUCCCUGUAAAUUCAGGAAAAAGUCCCUGAAUGUCUUUGUCACUGUGAGAAAAUAGUCACAGGAAUAUCUUUUCCAAUGUUUUAUAGUCAGAAGUAACUGGUCUUGAUUUUGUUUUUAACUUCUGGAAUGAAAGAGUUUCUAUAAACCAAAAAAGUCAACUUGCUACUGACCUAAUAACAUUUGAAGAACCUGUGUGAAUGAGAAUGUUUACGAUUUUUUAAUCGGUGAUUUGAGUAGUAAAUACUCGAAGGUAUUUUAAUGCACAAACUACUAAGUAUUCAACAUGCAAACUAAAUACAAAGACUGUUACUGCUUCCAUGUUAAAUGCUAUUUUCUUUUACAAAUUUUGAGUUUUCACAUAUUUCUAUUCAGGUUUCUAUGCAGUUGUAUAUCCCUGCACGUUUCAGAAUCCUUUGCAGUGUGUCAUUUGCAUUAUGUCUUAGUUUCUAACCACUGCUGAUAUGUUUUAGCAGGUAAAACGGGUUGUAUUCUUUUAAUGUAUCUGUCAUUAACAUUAACAGUUUGUCUGCUGAACAAGCAAACUUUAGGACUUCAUUUUAAAGUAAUCACAUGACACUGAGCAGCAUGUAAAACAUAGGUUUUUUUUUUCUGUAUUCAGAAUUUGUAUUCCCUUGACAGUCUUAAGCUGUUGACACAGUUGACAUUAAGUUAUUGCCUUAUCUCUUGGUCUUCUAUGCACAACUUGGGGAUCUUUUUUCCCAAACCAUUUUUCCCCCAUGGGGAAUCAAGAAAGGAUGUGUAUCCUUAACUGAAGGAUGUUUAACUAAAUGUACUAUUUUUCUUGCACUUAAAUCUCCAGAAAACCUUCACAACUCUGCAAAAGCUUUUCUACUUCUGUGUUUAUCUCUGCUUAAAUAAUUAUAGCUGAUUGCUUUUGGUGAACAGGAUUUUCUGUAUACAUGUUAAAUUUAUUUAGUUUUCCUCGUUUUGUUUUGUUGCUUAUGACUGUUGUCUUUGUGUUUAAGGAAUAAUGUUUUAUCGCUGGAGUGCCAGUGAUGUAGCCUUGAGAUUUCUUUCAUUCCAUGAAGUUCUAUAUAAAGGGAUCAAAUGAAA